UCCAUUUUAACCCCAAACCAAUCCACCAAUGAGAGCUCUUCCCCUCAUCGUCUUCUCAAUAAAGAACAGAUCUGCUUCCAUUUCUCCGCCAUAGCCGUAAUUUAACCGAUAAGGUUCGCCGAUUCCAAGCAACAACAUGGGAGAAAACACUAACCGCUCCGAAGCCGAACGCCUCCUCGGAAUCUCGGAGAAGCUCCUCGAGUCGCGAGAUCUGAACGGCUCAAAAGAGUUCGCCAUCUUAGCUCAGGAGACAGAGCCUCUCCUCGAAGGCACAGAUCAAAUCCUCGCCGUGGUCGACGUCUUGCUCGCUUCCGCGGCGGAGAAUCGCAUCAACAACCAACCGAACUGGUACAAAAUCCUCCAGAUCGAAGAUCCGGACCAAUCCUCAGCAGACGCCGAUCUGAUCAAGAAGCAGUACCGCCGCCUCGCUCUCCUCCUCCACCCGGACAAAAACCGCCUCCCUUACGCCGAUCAGGCGUUCCGGUUCGUGGUGGACGCAUGGGAGGUGCUGUCGACGGCGUCGAAGAAGUCGCAGUUCGAUCUCGUGUUCACGAAGGUGGAUCUCGGUGGUGGGAGGAGUAAGAAGAAAGGGACGAGCGAGAGGAUGAGUACGUUUUGGACGGCGUGUCCUUACUGUUACGCGCUUCACGAGUAUCCUAGGGUUUAUCAGGAGUAUUGCAUCAGAUGCCAAAACUGCCAGCGUGCGUUUCACGCGGCGAGUGUUCCUCAGUUGCCUCCGUUGGUGCCUGGAAAGGACGAGUAUUAUUGCUGUUGGGGGUUUUUUCCGAUGGGAUUCGUCGGAGGUAAAGGAGGAGAAGAAGCUGCAGCCGCUGCGGGGGAUACAACGAAGUUUCCGAACUGGAUGCCUCCUGUGUUCGGACAGAAUGGUGGUGUUGUUACUCCAACUGAACCUGGUUCUAAUGUUAACGGGGCGGGUUCGUCUCGUGGUGUUCCGAUUAGCUUUGAUGGAUGGUCAAGUGGUUCGGGGAAAAGAGAUGCGGAGGCGGUGAGGAGUGAUGACAAUGGUGGAGUUAAUUCUGAUGGAAUGCCGAAGAAGAGAGGAAGAGGGAGGCCUAAGAAGAAUGUGUGAGGGUGAAGUUUGGAGAAGAUGAAGAUUAGGAGGAUCAUCAGUGUUUGUAGCUUAAUCUUUUUUUCUUCAUGUAACUUGUUAAUUUAAGUUGUUAUAACUUUAUGCAUUUUGUUCUUCUCUGGCAAUUUUUCUCUGUAACUUGUUGGCAUCAAGCUACCUGUGUUUUAUCUUCAUUUGCCUAUCUUAAUCGGCAUCUUCUUGUAUCAUAAUCUGCUUUGAAGAUGGUAUGUUCUGAUUGCAUCA